AAAAAAUAAACAUUUGAUUUCACUGAAAACGUGAUGGUGUGGUGUUUAUUCAUAAAUAAUUCAGAUUUGAUUUAAAUACAACUCAUAAAAUGUCUAACUCGGAGGAUAAACUCCCUAAACUAAACGGCGUGGGCGCGGCAGAUCCCAUGCAGAGGCUGGCCUCGCUAAAGGCACCCCGCGAUCUUUCUCUAGGCGGUGCUAAGCCGAAUAAAAAAGUAUUCAUACCGAAUUUGAACGUAGCUAGGAACAAAAACAAGGGACCUAUCUCCACAAACCCUCGUGACCACAAAAAAGAUGACAAGAGCCGACAAGACCGCAAGAAUAACAAAAGGAAUAAUAACAGAAAUGGCCCCAAUGUCAUCAAGUCUGCUGGAGUGUUUUCAGAAGGCCUGGGAAGUGCAGAGAGGGUUGCCUCAAGGAACUACUAUGGUAAAAGGGACUCUGAGUCCACUCCUACUUUGCAGAAGCCUGCCAUCAGAGUCAAGGAUGUUAUUAAGAUUGACAAAGAGUUGGAAGAGCAAAAAAUCAGAUCGGCUUUCGGAGAGUUGGGGAACCUAGACGAAGAAGGCCAGGACUUCAAGCAGGUGAACGAACAGGAUGCCCCCAUCAAGCUGCCCAUGGAUGACGGAGGCUGGCAUAGCAAAUCCAAACCAGUGGUCAAGGUUAAGCAGGAGGUGAUCAUCAAAAACGAACCGGCAGACGAUGUAGACUGCGCCAUUACAUCAGUAACGGAGACGAAGCCGGUGGUAGACGUGAAGAAAGAGGUCUUCGAGGACACUGAUGUGGUAAACAUAUUGAGGAGCGAAGAACCGAAAAUGAUACUGUUACAGCUGCCAGAUUCGCUGCCGGGGCGCGGUGGUAGCACCGACGACGACGCGCCGCGCCGCAAGCGCGACGAGCCUUCCACGUCCAGCGGCGAGCCGCAGGAGGAGAAACCGGUGGACAACAGAUGCAGAUUAGAAAACUUGGAAGAAGGUCGGAUAGGGAAGCUGAGGAUCCAUCAGUCUGGUCGCGUCACACUGGCAUUAGGGGACACUAUAUUUGAGGUAUGUUCUGGCACCAAAGCUUCAUUCCACCAAGAGGUGGUGUCCAUCGCAGCUGACGAGGCCUCCCGCUCUGCCAACCUGGUGGCCCUCGGUCCCUUGCAGCACAAACUGAACGUGGCUCCGGAUUGGGAGACCAUGUUUGCUCAGCUGCCUCUCUGACAGAAGGAUGACAAGGAGUGAGAAGAUGGAACAGUUCUGUGAACUUAUUUAUCCUAUAACUCUGAUAAAAAGACAGCUUAAAGGGACAGAAGUGAAGAACUUGUUGUGACAGUGUAAAUAGUGCUAAGAGAAUGCAGUGUAGUUUGCAUCUCCUGGAAUAAUACAGAAACUGUUUAUCUUGAAAAGUGAUUCAUAAAUUGCGUUUUAUACUUAAAUAAGUCAGAAUGGAGAUAAAACUAUUAUUCUAUAGCCAAAUAAGA